UUUCCUGGGAAAUUUUUUUUCAUGUUUUUGGGUGGGAACUGGAAGGAAGACGAGGAAGCUGAACCGAGGCCUUUCCACACGGCAGAAGCCCCAAAUCAAUCCUUUCCCGCCUCUGCCCUAACAUCUCCGCCGGUUCACGGCUACAGCGGCCACCGGAGGCCCUUUCUCUCCUCCUUCCACAGGCGGAGGAAUGCCGUUGCUGAUGUUUUUGUCUCAAUCUGCAGCAUUCAACGGCCUGGCGACCUGCUGCUGAGAUCAAGAGCUCCCCGUCGCUGGCCCUGCUAGUUCCUCUGUCAUCAACAAGUAAAUUCAUCAUUCUUUUAAAGAUGAGCCGACCAACUACCAGAAGUAAAAAUAAGAAACCAAGGCUGGACAAUAAUGCUGACAGGUCUUCUGAGAUAUUGAGGAAAAUCCAUGCACUGGGUGAAAUAACGGGUGAUGACGUAAACCAGUUAUACAAUAUUUGGAAGCCAGUUUGCCUGGGCUGCCGGGUUAAUAGCAAGGAUAACCCAAAUUGCUUUUGUGGCCUUAUCCCAUCAACCACUGGGAGCCGAAAAUCUGGAUUAUGGCAGAAGAUGUCAGAGAUUGUCCAUGCCAUGGGUCCUGACCCAUCUCAGGAUCUUCGUGAUUCACUUGACUUCCCAGCAGGGUUGACAAAUCUGGGGGCAACAUGCUAUGCCAACAGUAUACUUCAAUGUUUAUACAUGAAUACAUCGUUCCGUCGAGGUGUUUUCUCCAUUGAAUCAGACUUAAUGAAACAACAGCCAGUGUUGAAUCAGCUUGCAUGGCUAUUUGCACAGCUUCAUGGAAGCAAAAGGUCCUUUGUGGAAUCUGCACCAUUUAUAAAGACUCUGGAGUUAGAUAAUGGAGUUCAACAAGAUAGCCAUGAGUUCCUAACGUUGCUCCUUUCUCUGCUUGAACGCUGUCUGAGCCAUUCUAGAAAUCCAGCAGCAAGAACAAUUGUUCAGGAUCUUUUUCGUGGAAGUGUGUCGCAUGUGACAACAUGUUCAAAAUGUGGAAAGGAUUCAGAAGCCUCGUCGAAGAUUGAAGAUUUCUAUGAGUUGGAGCUGAAUGUGAUGGGAUUGAAAAGUUUAGGUGAGAGCUUAGAUGAUUACCUGAACGUGGAAGAGCUAAAUGGAGAAAACCAGUAUUUCUGUGACUCUUGCAGUGAAAGGGUUGAUGCUACCAGAAGCAUUAAGCUGCGUUCAUUGCCAGCGGUCCUCAAUAUCCAGCUAAAGCGAUGUGUUUUUCUUCCUAAGACAACAACGAAGAAGAAAAUUACUUCCGCAUUUAGUUUCCCUCGAGAACUUGACAUGACAGAGAGGUUGUCUGACCCUGCCCAGGGUGAUUUGGUAUAUGACUUGUCAGCUGUGCUGAUACACAAAGGAACUGCUGUAAAUAGUGGCCAUUACAUUGCUCAUAUUAAGGAUGAGAAAACAGGGCAAUGGUGGGAAUUUGAUGAUGAGAGUGUGUCAAAAUUAGGUUGUCAUCCCUUUGGAGAAGGAUCUUCAAAGACAAUGAGUAGGGAUUCUCAAACAGAGCCUUCUGCCCAAACAAGCAAUGGCGAUACCAAAUCAAGCAAUGCUAAGAAGCAAUCUUCAGAAACUGCUGUUUCAAAUACCGAUGAGACAUUUUCAUCUACUGAUGCGUAUAUGUUGAUGUACAAUCUUCGACAUUCAAAGAUAAAUCGUCUAGAGAAGCCAAUUAAUGGCAAUUCUGCUGAUGAAGAUGACUUUGCCAGUAUCAGUAAUGGCAAUUCUAUUCCACCUUACCUUAGCGAAGAGAUAAGUAACUCGAAUGCUACCUUAACGGAGGCUUGCCAACAGUACAAAUUGAGGAAGGAAAAAGAGUCAGAUCACAUCACAGAACGAAGACAAGAGGUGCGGUCUGUCCUUUCUGAAGCCCCUGUUCAAUCGUGUGAUGAACCAUAUUUUUGGAUAUCAAUGAAUUGGCUUCGUGAGUGGGCUGACAACAUUACACCCUCGGUCCUUGAUAAUACAACUGUCCAAUGCUUACAUGGAAAACUGCCCAUGUCAAAAGUGAGUUCUGCAAAGCGGCUGUCUGCUGAAGCUUGGUUGAAAUUGUUUACUAAGUAUAAUGGGGGCCCAGCACUAGGCAAUCAGGAUUACUGCAAGGACUGCCUUAUUGAUGCAGCACGCAAAUUGGUGUCCGGUGAAAGCUACAGAGACAGAAGAAAACUAAUGAAGGAAAUUGCAGAGUCUGUCCUGUCAGGGAAUUGUUCGGAUGGAACCUACUAUGUAUCUAAGGCCUGGCUACAGCAAUGGGUCAAGAGAAAAGUCUUGGAUGCUCCAAGUGAAGCAGAUGUGGGUCCGACAGUUCCAAUUUGUUGUCCUCAUGGACAGCUUAUGCCCGAGCAGGCUUCUGGUGCUAAGCGCUUGCUGGUCCCUGAGAAUCUUUGGCUUUUCUUUUAUGAAGAUGCAGUUAAAGUCAAAUCCGAUGACAUGGUGGAUUGUCCAACAUUUACUAUGGACUCGGAGCAAUGUUCUCAGUGCAGUAAUGAACUUUCUGAAGUAGCAUGCAUGGAGGAUUCUCUCAGAGCAAUGAAGAGCAAGCAGCGGCAAAACCAUGACAAGUUGGCUGCAGCUAAAAGUAUCCCCCUGUCUCCUCAUUGUACAUACUACUUGUUGCCCUCCUCGUGGCUUGCUACAUGGAGAAAUUAUGUUAAUGCUAGCAGCAAGAACGUCUCAUCGUCCGAGGUACCUGAAAGUCUGAAUGUUGUAAUUGAUCAGCUUAAAUGUGAAAAGCAUUCACAUCUUGUAGAAAGGCCUCUUGACCUGGUUUACAAACGUGGCACUAUUUUCCAGAAGGUCUCCAGUACAGACGGACUGACAAUUAUUACUGAGAAUGACUGGAAAUGCUUCUGUGAAGAGUGGGGAUGCUCUCAGGAGAAAGGCAUUUCCGCCAUGAUUGAGUGCCCUGAUAGUGCACACAGUAAUGCUGAUUCAUCCAAAGAGACAUCAGUAUGUGAGGAGCAGCUGAAUUCCCAUGAUGAAGCAAAUGAUCGAUAUGAUGAUAAGCAGCUAGUCAUAAAAACAUCCCCUGAGGUCUGUGAGGAUUGUAUUGGAGAAAGAGCAAGCUGUGAGCUGAUGCGGAAGCUUAACUAUGUCGACCAAGAUAUACAUGUUGUUUUCAUCCAGGGAAAGGAAGUUCCGAGAUCAAUUUUAGAAGCUUCUGAGACUUCGUCUGAUCCAGAUCGCAGAAGUUCGAAGCGCUCUCGGAAGACAAACAGUGGAAAUGCAAUAAACCUGAAAGUUUCUGGUUCGACAUCGGUCUACCAGUUAAAAAUGAUGAUAUGGGAAUCUCUUGGGGUUGUUAAGGAAAACCAGAUUAUCCACAAAGGUCAUACAAAGAUUGACGGGGAAUCUGGCACUCUAGCAGACUUCAAUAUAUUCCCGGGGGAUACUUUGUGGGUGAGAGAUUCGAAGAUCCAUGAGCAUCGAGAUAUUGCUGAUGAGAUAGCUGGGGACAAAAUGGACGUCCAGAGUGCGGAGGAAGGCUUUCGUGGAACGCUUUUGACAGCUGAUUUUUCAUCCCAGGUUGUCUGAGGAGCUUCGAUCUAUUGUUAGCCAAUGACAUCAUUAUAUCAUAUGGGAUAUAUGUAGAUUGUUGUCUGAUUUAUCGGAGUGGAACAGGGAGUUUUUUUGUUUUUUUGUUUUUGGGGGGGUGGAGGAUUAAGUGUUGUGAAUGUAGUUCGUAGAGGAGGGCAAUCAUCUUGAGAUAAGACUGCAAGGGUCGUUGUAUAUCGCGAUGGUAUUUGCUAGAGAUUCUAUCUAUGUUUUUGAUGAGUUGGGGAAAUUGGAUUUACUUCCCCUGGAGGAUUCUCGGAUACUUAUUGUCAUGACAUUGGUACCUGUAUGAUAUGAAGAAAUGGGGGGGAUUUAGUUUAUUGUUACCCUUAUUGUAGUCUUCCUGUGAUUACGAGCUCAUGGGGGUUUAAUUGUGAAAGUGACCGUGUUAAAUCGAAUGAAUAGCUGAUGUUGCAAAUUAUAUAA